AUGGACGACGAUUUGGAGGACAUUGUCUGGAAAUGCCGGGAGGGCAACGUGGAUUCUGUCUCGUCGCUCCCGUGUGGGGCGUUAGAAGCGCUUUUCUUCGACGCGCACUCCCGGAUGAAGGAGGUUGGCGCCUUCCUGUGGGGUCUCAACACGUCCCAGAACCCGCAGAGCAUGAUGACUUCCACGGUGUCUAUGAGGAACGGCCUGGUGAACGGCUACCUGCACGGCUUCCUCAGCCGGCCGUCGUGCAAGGAGCUGCUCCGCACGGGGCCGGACGCUGUGGAGGACGCGGAGUUCAGCGUUAGGAAUUUCGCGAAGGAUCGGGUCGUGCUCCGUUACCGCAUGUACGCGGGCGGCACGAGGUCUGGAUCUCAACGGAGGAGGUUUGCAGGCCAAGUUCGAGGAGGGUGUCCAAGUUAG